CCACCAAAAGACAGCUGCUUUUCCACUACACACACACAAAACUGCCAGAUCGGUUGCGAUCGAACCCUUUGCCCGCGUCGUAUCGUCUUCUCCGUUGACAUCUUUACGCGGAUGCCUGUUUUGAAAUACCACGGCGAAAAUGACGGUCUACGAUAAAGUUGCCGAGGCAAACGCCGAUGAUGAAUGCCGGGCUUGGGUGCGUCAGCUCAUCGACGCGAAAGAUGAAGUCGUGGCAUUUGUCGAUGCCCGCUUAGACGGCAAAGGAACCGGGGCGUACCUUGGUUUCUUCAAAGGAUCAUUCAACCUCAGCUUCCACAUCGGAUUCGGGGGGCAACGGCCAGGCGUUCUUAUUCGUUUUGCGAAACCAGGCCAUAUACAUUCGCCGUGGAGGGCCGAAAAGGUCGUAAACGAAGUGUGUAUUAUUGAGUAUCUCCGCCAGCACACCACUAUUCCCUUGCCUCAUAUACGCUGCUGGGGUUUGGCCGAGGAGAGCCCACAUCAGUUGGGACCAUUUAUCAUCAUGGAUUUCAUCGAAGGGACCCGACUCUCGACGCUCCUCAAACAACCAACCGAGGACGAGUAUGCGGAGAUGAUCCUUAACCCAGCUAUUGAAGAGGAGACGCUUGACGUUAUCUAUAAUCAACUAGCCGACUUUAUUCUCCAAAUUUCUCGGCUCGAGUUCCCUCUCAUCGGAGCCAUCUCUAAGGAUGCUUCGGAGACGUGGACUGUUACCGGCAGGCCCCUGACAUACGAUAUGAACGAGUUGGCAACCGGGACAGGAUAUCCAGCGGACCAACUUCCCACUGCGCAGUUCCGUCGUGCAAGUGACUUCUUCCAGUCGAUUUCGAACCAACGCCUCCUCCAUCUUAAGACUCAGCGGAACCUCGCUGAAGACGAGGCCGAUGUUCGAAGGCGUUUCAUCGCCCGUCAUCGGUUUAAGCAGCUUAUCCCGGAAUACUGCAUCGAUGAUGACGGCCCGUUCAAAGUCUUCUGCGACGACAUGCAACCUGCAAACAUGCUCAUCGACCCCAAAACCCUUCGCAUCACCGCCGUGCUUGACUUCGAGUUCACGAAUAGCAUGCCGGCGCAGUUCACCUAUGACCCGCCCUGGUGGUUGCUGUUACGGGGGCCAGACGUGUGGCUCGAUCAGGAUCGCAUAGAUGAGUUCUUAGCGCGGUAUGUCCCCAGGAUGGAGCAGUUCUUGCGAGCGCUGGAGCGAGCGGAAGAAAAGUCGGCUGCGGAAGGAGACGAACGGCUAGAGAAGGAGCCGCGUCUCUCUACCCGGAUGAGAGAUUCGUGGAAGACCGGGCGCUUCUGGUUUAACUACGCCGCAAGGACGUGCUUGGAUAUGGACGACAUAUAUUGGCAUGCUUUGCAUCAUCAGGUGGACGGCGACGGUUUCGACUUGCUCGACGAGGCGACGCGGGCGGAGCUUGAGCCGUUGGUACGGAUGAAGACGGAGCAGCGAAAAGCUUACGAAGAGGAGUGUGCGGUUCGGUUUCCCGAUGACGAGUAAGGGUGAGGGGAGUGUCUCGUGCUCAACAAAAGACGCGCAUGUGCUUUAAGAAGUGCCAUGCUACAGGUCUCGCCAACCCGGAUGCCAAGGACUCAAAUGGUCGGACGCCACUAUCGCCGGCAGCAGAAAACGGGUGUGAGAUGACAGUGGAGCGCUGCUACUCGCCGGCGGUAAGGUCGAUGUUGGCUCGAAGGGUAAUGACGGCAAUGGAGUCGGUCUACUGGGCGAUAGGAAACGGCAGCCAUUCCAAGGUGGGGCGGAUUUUGGAGUCUUUCAAACGAGAACCGCCGGGCUCGCAGAUCGGAUCUCGAGGAUCUCG